GAAUGUACACCAACCAUAAUUAGACGUUUGUGAAAAGUCGAUUUUUUUGAAGCAGUUUCAGUUCGCGUUAACUGUAAAUGUUUCUUUGAUAAUGUUUUUCUACAAUCCAACUUGAAAAAGAUACUGUGAUAAAAUAUUUUACCAGUUAUACUAUUAUUUAUUAUAAUACCAACGGGAAUAUUUUAUCGUUCAAUGGAAAAGCAAAAAUGGUUAUUUUUGACGUUAUUAUUGACCUAUGCAUUAGCCGAACACGACACAAAGUCGUCUAAAAGGAAACAAGUCGAUAAUACUGAAGACUCUACAGAAUCAAAACCACCAGAAAAACGGGGUUUAGAAAACAUACUCGGAUAUGGCCGAGGAACUAAUUCUCACUCAUCGCCAGAAAGUUCAGACUAUUCGGGGUUUCCAUUUGGAAAUAAUAAUGGUCGAGAUGGGAACGAUGAAGAUAGUGAACAGUUAUCGGCCAACAAUGAAAACCACAAUAAUGGUAACGGUUUUAGUCACUUCUUUUUCGAAAGGGGCGUCCAAGAUAACGGAGGCAACGUACAGGGAUCCAAUACAGCAGGAUCAAACGACCAUCAUAGCUCGAUGGGAGGAAGAAAUGCCAACAAUCAUGGUUGGAUGGCAAGUUUCUUUAAUCACGAUGGAAAACCCGAAAUUUCUGGUAGAGGGCACUUUUUCAGUCCAGGCAAUGGUGGUGAUGAUCAACAUGGCUUUGUUGGUUCACAACAAACAUUCCAAGGAUACGAAAGUGGCGGAAAUAUCGAUGCACACGAAUCAACCAACGGUUACGGUGGGGGUGGUGGACAUGGAGGAGGAGGCGGACACGGAGGCGGGGGUGGACACGGAGGUGGAGGCGGACACGGAGGCGGUGGAGGACACGGAGGCGGUGGCGGACACGGAAGCAGCAACGGAUAUGGAGGCGGUGGAUUUGGAGGAGGUGGUGGAUAUGGAGGAGGUGGUCAUGGCUUCGGGUACGGAGGACACGUCAAGACAGUAUACGUAACAAAAGAGGUACCAGUCCCAUAUCCAGUGCAUGUGGAAAAAAAAGUUCUCUACCCCGUCCGAGUACCAUACGAAAAACCCGUACCAUAUCCGGUCCACAGACCAUAUCCUGUACACAUUGAGAAACAAGUGCCCUACCCGGUUAGGGUGCACGUGCCACAACCAUACCCGGUAACAGUGGAAAAACACGUACCGUUUCCGGUAAAAGUUCACGUGGAGAAACCUGUGGCGGUGCACAUACCGAAACCAUAUCCGGUAUACAUCGAGAAAAAAGUACCAGUUGCUGUAGACCACCCAGUCCCGUAUCCCGUGAAAAUACCAAUAGACCGUCCCGUUCCCAUACACAUACCGGUAGAGAAGCCGAUACCAUAUCCGGUGGAAAGAAAAAUACCAUAUCCAGUCAAAGUACCCGUGGACAGACCAUAUCCGGUCCACGUACCCAAACCAUAUCCCGUGCACGUUGAUAGACCAGUGCCGUAUGCGGUCAAAGUUCCGGUCAAAGUACCAGUCAAAGUACCCGUUCCAUACCCAGUCGAAGUCAAAGUUCCCGUUCACAUACCGGUACACACGCAAUCGCAGAACGGUUACGGUAACCAUCAUCAUCAACAACAACAACAACAACAACAACAUCACACACAUCAUGACUCGUACCGGCAAGGCGGGCUACUAAAUCAAGAGAGCUCGUCGGACACUACGGGAUACGGUACUGCGUUCGUAAACAAUUACGAUAACGGUUUUACAUCGUUCGGCAGUGGCCAAGAUCAAGGGACGCCAGACGCCUACGGUGGUAACGAAGACUACGGAUCUUCACACGGAUGAUCCGUAGUGUUCAAUUCACCAGCUUAUAUAUAUCAUAGUAAGUGACAUUUGCUGCCAUUUUAUCUAGCUAGUUGCGCUCGACGUAAUUAAGCAUAUUUUAGACUUGUUUAACACUGUAAUAACAAUACUAUGAAUACCAAUAAAAACCAUAUUUGUGUACAUUAUUGUCAUAUCUGUUGUACGUUUUAUCAUAAUAUUAAAUAGUCUUUAGCAUAAUAAUAGAAUAGGAAUAAUAUUUUGUUCGUGUUUGUAGAUAUUUUCGCGGUACUUUUAAGGCUGUACCUUCAUUACACUAUCGAUGCGUUUUAUAGUUCACAAUAUCACCGUAACCUCGAAUUUCCCAAAGCUUCGGUCUAUAGAUUUAUUUUAAUCGACGUGUAGAAUGACUCCUCGGUGUAAGAUCGACAGUUUUUUAACUCCGCAUCGUAGAGAUACAAAUACAGAAAAUAUACGUAAUUUGAAAAUUCGGUAUAAGUAGACGCAACACGACAAAUAUGUGGAUGUCAAUCGGUCUGUUCCGGCGUGUAAAAUGAGCUCUAUUAUUUAUUUAGCAAUCCGCGCACGCAAUCCCGCGUAUCCGUGUUUUCCUAUUUAUAGUACCAACGUAGUGUUAUAGUAGAUCGCGAAAAAUGCCAGAGCAAUUACUGAUUAUUUCGGUUGUUAUAACAUUUUUGAAAACUAAAAUGAAUUCUACUUUCGUUUCCCGUCCGGUAUCGCGUGUACACGCGUAUUUUAACAAUACAACGACAACGACAACGACGGCAACGACAUACCGAAUUAUAGAAGAAGAAACCGAAACCGUCCGUUGUGUCCGUAUGCGGUUUCCCCCUACUCGAAUAUAUACAUAACGACCAUGUAUAUAGUAUGCAUACCGACGAAAUCGUAUUAGACGCCUGUUGACAAAACUACGGUACAGUUCCAUUAAAUAGGUAUUUGAUAUUCGCAAACACACUAUACUAUUAUUAUUAUAUUAUUAUAUUCAUUAUUAUUAUGAAAUUAUCGUAUUGAGCGACAGGUAUUGUUGACGGUAGUGAAACUACGCCGCAAAAAUACGAAAUACCGUUACCAUUUUAUAAUAAAAAAAACAGUUUAUCAUAUAAGUGUAACUACUUGUUGAAAUUAUACACAUGGGUACUUACCCAACGUAGGGAAUGUUGGC